AACAAUAACUCAUAAUAACGGGAAACGUUGUUUACCAUGUGUAUUGUUCGAAAGAAUGAUUAAUGCUUAUGAGGUAGCAAUGCACGCAUUUAACCAAUGCCGCUGGAAACCAGGCUGAAAGAAGGAGUAGUGUUUAUCUUGAUGUCGUAACUUUGGCAAUGGACAGUGACAGUCGCGAACAGGAGAGGAGGUGCAACAGGGAAUUAAGGGUUAACGACAGGGGGAGGGGUAGUUGACAGCAAACCAGCAGAGAGGAGUAUAAAAACAUUACAGAGAGCAGUCAUAUACAAAUAGUGUGGAGUGGAGUCGUUUGCUAAUACGUAGUGUAGCGCACGCCGCAGUUGUACACAUACUGCGAGUAGCACACAUCGACUACUUAGUUUAACCGCGUGCGGCAGGAGGGAGGAAUUCCGAAACACUGAAUUCUGCAUUUUUCUAGAUGCAGUUUGAUAACAAACUGGCAGAUUCAACUACGAAAGAGAAACUCUAUUUCUGAAAAGUGUGCAUUUUCUUUUACAAAAAAAAAGUAAUUAAGGAUAUAAACCAGAAUACUAAAACACUGAUCAUGCAUUUACAAUUUCAGUAAACUGAAAUGUGCUCAAAAUAACAAGGACACGGCCGCAGGGAUGAAAGAAAGAAGAGCAAGAAAAUCCGAUUGUACAGAAAAGGCAUUACUAAAAGGCAACGAGGAAUGUGGCACAGCCACAAGAUGAACAGGACUGCACCUAAAAUGUCGCUUGGUUGCGGGGAUGUGUGAACUUUACCUGGACUCCACUGAAUACCAGCCCACACGUCUUAGCUGCUUGUUACAAUCACUAUUGCUGUGUGUAUUGAACUACCUGUGCUGCUAUAGUACACCAGGAAUUUUCGCUCCUAUCUGGCUUCUGAUUUAUUUUUUUUCCCUGAACUGCUUCUAAACUAAGACAAUAUUAGCUGCACUUCACACAGCUUCUACUAUAGCAAUGUCAAAGGAACCAAAAAUCAUGCAUAACGUAUUUUAAGCGAAUAUAAAGGGUAAUGUUAGGGGAAAUGUUUUUCUAAUUCGUUUUUGAAAUUGCUGUUGUAAAUGCUGAACGAAACGACUGAACUUUUUGAAAUUGCUGGACUAAAUGCUGAAAACUACGGGAAUUUCGCCCCCCCCCCAAGUUACACCGCAGGUUGUAUUUUCUAAUCCCGAAGUGGCUCCACAGUGGUGUUGCGGCUCCUCGUCCGCGGCGGAUCCGGAGAUCGGAGUCUCUGCAGCGGCAGGAGGCGGCGGUGGAGCCCCAGCUCCACCUCAGGGUCCCAAAACCGGCCGGGUGAAAAGGAUGGUUCGGCUGGCGGCCGAGCUGUUACUAUUACUGGGACUCCUUCUCCUAACGUUGCACAUCACUGUGCUACGGAGCAGUCCUCUGCAACAGGGGAAUGCGACGUCUUUGAACAGAGAACAGGACAUCGUGCUCACGGAGAACAAUCUAAGUGAUGGCGGCAGCUCUUCCACUCACCACUCUUCUGGGGAGAGACACGGCCAUCCUGAGCACCGGGCUGCACAUAGACCGCUCCCCAAACACCGCUCCUCACAGGACAACACAGGGUCCUCCAUACAGAGGGAUGGGCCUGGGUCAUUCUUGCUGGACCUCCACAACUUCCCUGACCUCUCCAAGGCAGACAUAAAUGGGCAGAACCCCAACAUUCAGGUCACAAUCGAGGUGGUGGACGCGGCGGAAGAGGAGCCUGACAAGGAGCUGCAGAAGGAGAACAAGUCCAGCUGGCCUUCGCCCAGCUGGAGGAACUGGUGGCAGCUCUCCACCUCCACGGCUCGCCAUGGCGACAGCCAGCAGGAGUACACCUAUGAUGCCAACACGGAUGACAGCAACUUCCUGAAGCCCCUGAGCGACUGGGACCGACGAGGAGGGCCCAGCCAGAGGAGUUUUGAGGCCAAGGCGCAGGCAGAGUAUGAUUACAUUGACGGGGAGGGGGACUGGAGUUCCUGGUCAGCGUGCAGCGUCACCUGUGGAAAUGGGAACCAGAAGCGCACGCGGUCCUGUGGGUACGCCUGCACAGCCACAGAGUCCCGCACCUGCGACAUGCCCAACUGCCCAGGGAUUGAAGAUACCUUCAGAACUGCAGCGACAGAAGUCAGUCUUCUAGCAGGAACCGAUGACUUCAAUGCCACUGAGCUGUUUGGUGUUGAUACUGACAGCUGCGAGAGAUGGAUGAACUGUAAAAGUGAAUUCUUGAAGAAGUACAUGCUGAAAGUGGCCAACGACCUUCCCAGCUGCCCCUGCGCCUACCCUACGGAGGUGGCCUAUUCCACUGCUGACCUCUACGACCGAGGCAUGCGGAAAGAGUUCCGCUGGAAGGACGCCAGCGGCCCCAAAGAGAAGCUGGAAAUCUACAAGCCCACCGCCCGCUACUGCAUCCGCUCCAUGCUGACCUUCGAGAGCACCACGCUGGCCGCCCAGCACUGUUGCUACGACGACACCAUGAAGCUCAUCACCAGGGGCAAAGGGGCGGGCACGCCGAACCUCAUCAGCACCGAGUUUUCGGCCGACCUCCAUUACAAGGUGGACAUACUGCCCUGGAUUAUCUGCAAAGGGGACUGGAGCCGCUACAAUGAGGCAAGACCUCCGAACAACGGUCAGAGGUGUGAGGAAAACCCUUCUGACGAGGACUACUACAAACAGUUCCAGGAGGCCCGGGAAUUCUAAUGCAGUGCUCGCUGACGUUUUUAUCCAGGAGGGAAAAAAAUUGAAUCUCGCGGCUGUGCAACCACUUUAUCUUCCUUUUGUUGGACAAGGUUUAACAAAAAAAAAGCUCUAUAUUUGCAGGACUUCUGCUUAACAUCUCUGACACAGACUAAAUUAUUCAGGGUGCAAGAGAGGCAUAGCAGAUUCCUAUAUGUUAUCCUGUAUAAUUUAAAUUCCUCUCCAGAAGUACAAAGGGCAGUUCUGUGUGCCGCAGUGAUAACAGCAAAGUACAGUUAGGGUCUUUAUAUUCUAAUAUCAUAAAUCUUUCAACACUAUUCACAGUAAAACUGUUGAGAUUUUUUUUUUUGGGGGGGGGAAAUGACUCUUGUCUAAUCUGUCAUUCAGUGUCGGGUCUUCAAAGGAAGGGACCGUUAAUUUCUGUUGCACAAAGAAAAGAGAAAAAAACUCCUAGAAGACUUUUUUUCUGAUGGCAAUUUUUAGUUCCAUCUGCACAGUGCAAUCAUAAGUUGGAACAAUUACUAGGCACAAGGACAAAUGGAGCUAAACCACCGGGGACUUGGCAGCUUGGUGAUGUUUCACUUGUAGUAGAGACUGAGGCAAGUGCAUUGUGCUUGAAGAGAAAUAUAUCUGCCUGUUCCUUAAAAUGCAGACAAUCAAAGGGAAUAAUAUACUUGCAUGCCUAAACAAAAUAUGUGGCACACAGACCACGAGUUUCAAAACAUUUUCUGUGAAUAGAAAUUAUUUACAGGGACUCACACCAUAAACAAAGGAAGUGGCACUUUUGUAUGUAAAGAGCUUGAACUAUCCCCCACAUUUGCUUGGGUAUAAUAUUCAGGUUCACAUCUAAACUUAUUAGCCAGUUUAUUUAGCAUGCACCAAAUUCUACAAAUAAUUCUACAGUGUCCUACUGUUGUUGUUUUUUUUGUUCUGGUACUGACAGCUCUUUUUGAUGUUGAAAAAGGUCUGCAUUAUUUUUGUAAAGUAUUUAUUGAGUUGUAGCAAUAUCCCAAACAUUGGGAGUUCUUAUGUGGUCAGUGUUUGGUAUAAACAAAAAGGGAUGCGUGCAUACGAAUGUACCAUGGGACCUCUGGGAAUAAAUAAAAUCAUAAAUGAAAUUUA